AUGAGGGUCACUUCUCCUCUUUCCAAGGGCUUCUUUGGCCGAAGUGUAGAUGAGUUUAAACGUUUAUCAAUAAGUGCACUCACCGCAGAAGGCACAAGAAGAGCUACAUCUCCAUUGCAUCUCGCAAAUUUCCACAAUCCCGAAUCCCUAAAGCGCUGUAAAGUCUUCUCUGAUGCUGAUAUGGGAGGCUUUUCAAAGGUGCAUUUCGACUGGAACCCAAACCCUAGCUCUUCCGAAAACAAGAAUGGACAUGUUAAGUUCCAUGGAAAUAUUUCGAUAGACCUACCCCCGAACAGACCCCAAAUCCAGCGCAGUGGCUAUGCGGCUUGGAGAACUCUCGAUCAGCCAUCGACGAUAUUUGGGAAAUCACUAUGGAACAUAGAUGCGUAUGGAUUGCUUGCCCUACGCAUAAAAAGUGACGGGAGGAAGUAUUUUGUGAACAUACAAACGGAAUCAAUUGUGCCUACGGAUAUACAUCAACAUAGACUCUAUGCGCGAAGCCCCGGAGAGUGGGAAACAGUUAUAAUUAAGUGGAAUGAGUUUGUACGGACGAACCAUGGUGUUGUCGUAGAACCACAAGGUGAAAUGUUGAGACAAAAGGUACGGACGGUAGGGAUAGGAUUAAUUGAUAGAGUUCCUGGUGAUUUCCAGCUUUGUGUGGAAAGGAUUUGGGCCACCAAUGGAUUGAGUGAAGCCGAUCUCGAAGAGGAUGGCAGAAAGGAAGAAGGUCAACUGAAGAGCAAACAUGGCGAGAAAAUCAGAUGGGGUGAAGACAAACUCGACAAGACUCCUUCAUGA